ACUUUUUUCACCACCCUGCCAGAUAGUGUGGUUAAGGAUGAUCUAGCUCCUAAUGGGUCCCCGGUUGCUCGUGUGGUGGUUACAGGUGAUAUGGUCCCCUUCGAUGUGAUUCAGAAACAGAUGGCAAGGAGGUGCCCUGCAAAAGCUAAAUGGAAGUGGGAGGCUAUCCCCAAUGGCGACAAUGAGUUUCUUAUUAGCUUUCCGUCCUUUCACGACCUCGAUGUUGUCGAUGGGAUUCAAGUGGCUGUUCCGGGGUUUAUUUCUCAGAUGUCUGUUACAGCUUGGAAGCCUACUAUCAUUCCACACAAGUUCGAGCUCGAGCAGGUUUGGCUUCAUGUUGAAGGGGUGCCGCAUAAUGUUCACCACUUCUGGGGCUUAUGGGCCAUUGGGUCUCUGAUGGGGAAAACUUUAGAUGUUGAUCUCAUCAGCCUGAGGCGCCGAGGAGUUGUCCGUGUGUUGGUUGGCAUGCUUGACACUACCAAGUUUGCUAAAAAGUUGGACAAAGAUGGGGCUUGUGUUAAAUCUGAUGUGGUGUUGAAACUCAAGGGGUUAUCUACCGGUGCACCAGUUUGCUCCGUUCGUGGUCGUCACUUCAGUGUAUGGAGGAUCGCGGCCUCUUUACGGAGUUACGAGCUGAGUGACCUGUGGAGAGUGGUGAACACCGAUCAACUGAAGAUGGCGUCUCUUGGAGCUGCCGGCAGCACGACGUGGCGGGCACCGGCGCCGGUGAGGCAGUUGUUCUGGAGGGUGAGGUCCAGCUGGAAGAACACCGUGAUGCGGCGGCCGAGGUGCAGUGCCCCGAUGUUCAGCUACGACCUGCAGAGCUACGACCUGAACUUCGAUGAUGACCUGAGCUAG